AUGGCCGGCAAUCAACCCAACACCGACGCGCACUCAACAGCCUGCAACCAGGGCUCCGUAUCAUCACCAGGGGACGAUGGCAAAGUCGUGUCGGCGGCGGAAAGAUCGUCGAAUGCGCAGACAAAUCUGCAACGCUACUUAAAAGACGACGGUGACAGACCUGUCGGUGAUGAAAAGUCCCGCAUCGACAUAGGAGCACCAAUAGCCAAGGUCGAUGCCUUGUUUUCAAGAGCUGGGGCCGGUCAGGCUCACGAGAAGCCUCGCCAAGCAAGCGCCCAUGAAGAGGAAACUGUUCGAGCCAUUGGAGAUCAACUCUCCACCGUGACUCAAGAGCGGCCUAAAAGGCUGUAA